CCCGCCGCCGGCCAGCCGCUCCUCGCCGAGGAGGUGCCGGCACGCGGGCUGGGCCCGGUGGCCGAGCUGGACCCACGGGGGCGCCCGGGGUGGCCCGCAGUGGCCCGUUACCCGAAACGCUUUCUGAGUCCCUGUGGCCGUGAAAGAUAGUGAGCUUCCCGUCCCUGGAGGUGUGCAAGUGGAGCCUGCGCCGGGAUCGCUCAGGCUGGUGAGGCGGGACUCGGCGCUAGACGCACGCCCCCUCCCAGCGUGGGGACCUGCUCCCGGGCGCCCCAGCUGCAGAUGCUGGGCUGCGUGCUGGGCCAGGUAGCAGAGGGAGUGGUCACAGGGCCUCCUAUUCAUCGCGGAGACAAAGCCGCGGGCUGGUGUCAGCCUCCAGGUGUGUGGCCUUCGGUUAGCACACCUCCACGGGUGCCCGUGGCUGGAGGAUUAAGGAAGAGCUGGAGGGCAGCACUGCUCUGGGGCAAAUGGGGUGCAAGUCGGAAGAGGUGGCACCACCUGGGCACCUCCAAGUGGCAAGUUUGGGAGGUGUGAAGCCAGGACAGCAUGAGUGUGAGAGGUGUGUGUGUGUGUGUGUGUGUGUGUGUGUGUGUGUGUGUGUGAGACAGAGAAAGUAAGAAGAGCCCGGAGUGGCCAGCUGAGACCCUCAGAAAGGAAGGGGGUGGGGAGAGAAAGGGAAGAGAGAAGAAUGUGUGAUCAGGAGAGAAGGCAGUCUGAGAGAGGGCAGCAGAGUGGCUAGCGGAAGGGCAGUCACCGGGUGUUGUGUGACUGCCUGUGUGUGCCCACCGGGGGCCUCGAGGGACCCCUCACAAGGGUGGCCAUGCGGAGCCCACAGACCCCUCGGACCCCAGCUGCGGCAUCCAGACAACUCAGGCAGGGAUGGGAGCAUUAGGAUGUGUGACAGGCAGGAGACGAGGGAGGGAGGGCUGACCAGCUGGGCCCCCUCUGCCCAGUCCCACCGGCUCUGCCCUGCCCAGCCUUGCCUCAUCCUGGUUAUGGGAGCAGAAGAAGAUCGCAUGGGUGGGUUAGGGAAGGGGGCAUCUCAGUCUGGAGGCUCUGCCUCUUACCAACUCCUCCCAGUCCCUUGAACUUGGGGCAGAGUCCAGAAUCACCCUGGGUAGCCAGUUGACCCCCGGGUUCAGGAAUUGGAGAGAUGCGGGUUUGAACCAUGUGCCCUAGGUGAGUCCUUCUGGGUCACCCCCUCGGUCUUGGUGGGUAGGAGAUAACGGUGCCCACUGCUGGGCACUGAGGAUUAAGUGAGGUAAUGGGAGGAGAGGGCACAGGCAGUCACGCUGGACACACACUGUCACCUGUGGCUGCCACUUUGAUGCUCGUGCAGGGUCACUUGGGGCCGGGUCUGAGCUGGGCUGUUGGCUGUCACUCUGUAGAUAUACAGGGAGCAUUUGGGGUCGCCUUCCCCGUGUUUAUCCCCAGGCUGCCAUCAGCAGGGCCAGGAAAGCUCUGUAAAUAUUUAUCCACCCCAGUUCACAGUUUUCAGGGUUGAUGAAAAAACCCUGCAGCCCGGUGGUGCGAUUCCCUCCUGGAGCCGGCAGGGGAAGAGGGGCCCCCCCAAGAAGAUUGGGUGCAGUGCGGGGCAGUAGAUGGACCUGCCUGUUGCCUGGUGCAUAAUUGGCAGGUUGCUUGGCCUCUCUGAGCCUCAGAGUGGCGUGCUGCUACAGAGAAUGAUGUGAUGCUCCUCAUUCUUUCUCACAGCCUAACAAAGGACCCUCCUAACAGGAUCGCCUCCAGCUGACUGUGGAAGGCAGAGCUGUUAUUAAUUAUCCCCGUUGGACCUAUAGCAAACUGAGUCUCAGAGGGGGGUGAAACUCUCCUGGAGUUACCAGUUUUCUGGUUUGGGGUCCUUUAUCCCCUCUCUACAGGGUGCUUCCCAUUUUCUAGAUUGGAAAUUGACCCAAGUGCUGACCCCAAGCCUCUAGCUCGAGAUGGAGUCAGCUGAGAAGUUCCUCAAGUAUGUUUGGGGCUGUGGUUUGGUGCCCCCCAAGAGGAAGGCGGGGUAAGUGAGCUCAGUGCCCACCACAGGGCAGACCUAGGGAGGCUCCUGACUGAGGAGGAGGAGGAGAGAAGUCAUCGGAAAAAGAAACACUUCUCAGGAAUGUGGGUUUUGGAGACAGGCCAAGAAUUGAAGAGGUGGGGGAGGCACAAGCCCCAGGUCUAGGCCCAGCUCUUCUUUGACUUGCUGUGUGACCCUGGGCAAAGUCCUCGACCUCUCUGGGCUCCGUUUCUUUCUCUGAGAAAUGUGGUGAUGCCUGCUUCCCAACCCUCCCAGGGCUGUGGAUGAGGCCAGGUAUCCCACCUCACUGAAUCCCAGCAGCCUUGGGAAGACGAAGCACACCAAUCUUAGGAAUCUGCAAGGGGCUCUGUGCCAGGCCUUGCACUUAGGGUUCCUGACCUCAGGCCAGAAAAGACUCAAAGAGGUAAAGUGUGGGAGGUCUCAAGGGCAGGGGGCAUGUGUCCCAUCCCAGUAAUGGGAAGACUGAGGCUAAAAGCCAUUAAGUGAUUGGUUCCAAAAUACAAAUAUCUGACAGGAGACCUUGAUUCUAGUGCCUUCCACUUACCCACUGCAAGACCAGUGAAUGUGACAUGGACAAUGAGCAUGAGCCUCUGGCUGUGGGGAUGACUCUGUCUCAGUCACUCUUCUCUGGGCCUGCAAGCUCCCUUCUGCUAGCUGUAAUUCCUGUUUCGGAUUUAGUCUGGGAACUUUGGGGGAGCUGGAGCCCAGAUGGGUGGUGGGAGCUGUAACACAUGCGGCAAGAGCAGGUUUCUAGGUGUGGGAGGGGAGAGCCCACGGGGACAAGAAGUGGGGCCAGGGCAGACGCCGCAGUGGGCAUUAGAGAAGGAGAUUAUUUAAAGCCCUCUGCUGUGGUGCCAUCCCCACUGGACAGAGAAGUCAAAGCUAAAAGAGGGAGGGGACUUGCCCAGAGUCACUCCAUCCAGGUGACCAUGGCAUAGGACUGGGCUGAGUCUCCGAAUCUCAGACUGUGGCUCUUUCUGUUGGGCUGAGAGUGCCAUGAUCCAGGGUUCUGGGCAUGGACCUAGUUCUGGCGAGGGCAGGAGGGGAAGGAUUGUGUGUCCAGUACCCUCCCUCCAUCAUUAGCCGCUGCUCCAGGCCUCACUGGAGGGCAGAGGAGAUGAGAGAAUUCUGUCCAGAGGUGUGAAUAGAGCUGUUGGGGGCUCACAGGGGCAACCCUUUCCUGCCCAGGAAGUCAAAGGGGCAGUGUGGGGAGGAGAGAGGUAGGCUCUCAUGGUUAGGUACACAAACCUGGGGUUCGCAUCCUCAAUGUGAGACCUCGCAUAUGUAUCACCCCCCACUUUAUUGGGGGUGUGUGUGGGAGAGUGGGUGUUCAAUAAGCUGAGAGAGUGCCUGGGAAGAAUCAUUUUCCAUUCCUUCUCUUGGUGAGAGCUGUCACCAAGGUGAGGCCAGCCUGGAUCCCUCCUCCAGGGGAAGGGUGGCUCCAGCCUGAAGAGCACAACAGAGGUAGCAGGUAGGGAGUGGGUUGGGAGCACAGAUACCCUACCACCUGCCAGCUGUUACCUGGGCAAGUUGCUUAACUUCUCUAAGCUCUGUCUUCUCAUCUGAGAAGUGGGGGAUGAUGAGAGUGGAGUUAGAGAGAGAUCCCAUCAGAGGCUAAGAGCAUGUCUGUGGAGCUGUUGGUAGGGUCCUAGUCUAGAUACAGGUGAACCGCAAGUGGUAAGGACUUAACUGGCUGUAAGUCCAGUAUCCACCGGAACCUACAACGCAGGGAGGCUGGGCUUUGCCAAGUAACUAACUAACCAUUCAGUAAGCAAGCUCUGAAAGUAAAAAGCUGGUCCAGGCUUUUUCUCGUACCCCAGGUAGCUGUGCCCCUGCGUGUUCAGAAGACCCCAAGUGGGGUGUCCUUGGGGUUGAGUCUGGGUGGCUCUGAGAGGUUGAGUAAUUGGUAGCUCCAGAAUUGGGAGACUGGGCUGCUAGCAUGAUGAUCAGAGCCCUGGGAUGCCUAGGGCCUGGGAGAACUGCCAGAGGCUAAGGGUGAGGGUGGAGCCUGGGUGGCCUGGCUCCCACCCCAAAUAUGGCUGUGGGGAGGCCCCAGCCGCCCAAACCAGUCAGCCCCAGACCAGAUGGGUGCUUAGUCUCUAACAGACGGCAUGGCUCCAUGCCUCUCCAGCUUUGCUUAGUAUCCCAAGCCUAGCCUUCGCCUCCUGCCUGGGACACCAGGGUCCUCAUCUGGCCCUGCCAUGCCCUUGCUGAGUGACCUCGAAGGGUCUCCCAACCUCUCCAAGCUUCUGCUUGUUUCAGGCUUGAAAACUGCGACCUCGGCCCUGGAUUGUGCAGUGGGUGGAGACUCCAGGUCAGGAUCUCCAUCUGUAGUGCUGGGGCUCCAGCAGGGCAGGGCUAGGUGGGGGCUGGGCACCUGGUAAUUGUCUGUUCCCCCCUGCCCAAGCAUGGAUCAACACUGGGGAGGUAUUAUCCCCAUUUGUCAGGAUGCACACCGCCGCCACCCUGUGAGGAGGGGGCCACAGCCUUGGCAUGAAGCUGGUCCCAGCAGCCUGGCACCUGCCCCUACUGCCCAGGACACUCCCCAGCCUGCCAGCAGCCCCAGGCCUCCCCGCUGCGGUGUGCCUGACCCGCCUGAUGGACUGAGUGCCCGCAACCGACAAAAGCGCUUCGUGCUGUCAGGCGGGCGCUGGGAUAAAACGGACCUCACCUACAGGAUCCUCCGGUUCCCAUGGCAGCUGGUACGGGAGCAGGUGCGGCAGACGGUGGCAGAGGCCCUACAGGUGUGGAGCGAGGUGACACCACUCACCUUCACCGAGGUGCAUGAGGGUCGUGCGGACAUCAUGAUCGACUUCACCAGGUACUGGCAUGGGGACAACCUGCCAUUCGACGGGCCUGGGGGCAUCCUGGCUCAUGCCUUUUUCCCCAAGACCCAUCGAGAAGGAGAUGUCCACUUCGACUAUGACGAGACCUGGACAAUCGGGAACAACCAGGGUACAGACCUCCUGCAGGUGGCCGCCCACGAGUUUGGCCAUACACUGGGGCUGCAGCACACGACAGCUGCUAAGGCACUCAUGUCCCCUUUCUACACCUUCCGCUACCCACUGAGCCUCAGCCCAGAUGACCGCAGAGGCAUCCAGCACCUCUAUGGCCAACCCCGGACAGCCCCUACCUCCAGGCCCCCAGCCGUGGGCCCCCAGGCAGGCGUGGACACCAACGAGAUUGCCCCACUGGAGCCGGAAGCCCCACCAGACGCCUGUGAGAUCGCCUUUGAUGCAGUCUCCACCAUCCGUGGCGAGCUCUUCUUCUUCAAGGCGGGCUUCGUGUGGCGGCUGCGCGGGGGCCGGCUGCAGCCUGGCUAUCCUGCGUUAGCUUCUCGUCACUGGCAGGGACUGCCCAGCCCCGUGGAUGCAGCCUUCGAAGAUGCCCAGGGCCACAUUUGGUUCUUUCAGGGUGCUCAGUAUUGGGUGUACAAUGGAGAGAAGCCAGUCCUGGGCCCUGCACCUCUCUCUGAGCUGGGCCUGCUAGGAUCCCCCAUCCAGGCCGCCUUGGCCUGGGGCCCCGAGAAGAACAAGAUCUACUUCUUCGGAGGCAGAGACUACUGGCGCUUCCACCUUAGCACCCGCCGUGUAGACAGCCCCGUGCCCCGCCGGGCCACUGACUGGCGAGGGGUGCCCUCUGAGAUUGAUGCCGCCUUCCGGGAUGCUGACGGCUAUGCCUACUUUCUGCGAGGUCGCCUCUAUUGGAAGUUCGACCCCGUGAAGGUGAAGGCCUUGGAGGGCUUCCCCCGCCUCGUGGGCCCUGACUUCUUCGGCUGUACCGAGCCUGCCAACACUUUCCGCUAACCACAAUGUCGAUGCCCUCAGGGCACCUGACCCCUGCCAGACCACUCACUGGAUAGAGACCAGUGGGCAUCUGUGUAGCUAUGGGUACUAGGCACAGGAUAGAGCCUGUGUUUCCUCAGGGGGUUGGGGAGGGGGUGCUGUCCCCUUGACGACUGCAGGGAGGGCCAUGCAGGUCGUGGUCACCUGCCAGCAAUGGUCUCAAACUGGGCAAGAAGACUCUGGCGUUACUUGAGGGUGAGGGCGGUCUCAGGCCAGCCUCACCCAACCUGUGCAGGUCACAGGCAAACCCUGCUGCCCUGUCUCCAGCCCUGUCCCUCAAGUUGCCCCUCAGCAGGGCUGGGGGAGCUGAAGCCCUCAUUUGAUCCCUGCUGUGAGGUUCCUACAGGGUGCUGGCGCGGGGGGGCCAGGGGCCCCGUGGCCUUCUACCUUUUCCUGAGGGGUCAGCUCCGGGUAGGUGCUUGGAACUGGCUGAUCCUAGAGAUGUAUUCCCCAGGAUCCAGGCCAAAGGGUCCAGAUUCAGCUGGGGAGGGGAGUGUUUCCUGCUGGAGACCCCGGGCCCUGGAAGCCCCAACAUACCUCAAUCCUGACUUGGGCUAGAUCCUUCCCAGCCCUCAUCCCAGCACUGGGACCCUCCAAAGUCCUGUAAAUGUGUAUACAGUGUGUACAAAGCCUUUUUUUUCUACUGAGUACUGUCAUUAAAUAUGGUUAUUUUCUA